GCGUCACAGGUGGCGCUGGGGGGAACACCAGCAGGAGUGGCCUGUCAGUCGCCGUUGUUUACACCCGUCAGCUGUUUCCUCCUCGCCAGUCAGCUGUUGCCCCCUCGCCAGUCAGCUGUUGCCCCCUCGCCAGUCAGCUGUAGCAUCAGGGAUCCGUCAUGGGGCCCCAGAACUCAGACGACCAGGAAGUAUUUGAAAUUGUUGACUUCACAACUGCAUCAGACUGGGAAUGCUUCAUUGCUGCUGUAGUGGAAGCUGUGCACGAGUGGAGAUUAUCAGGAGAGCGACAGUUGACCCCUCUCGGCAAAGGGCAGUUAGCCACAGCAAAAUGGAGUGAAAGAACAGUUGUAGUAAAGUUUUCAGACUUUCCCUUCAAUAUGACCCACCACAGCAUCGUCAGUGAAGGUGUCGAGUCUCCACCCGACGAGUCAGAGCCCAGUGCAGAAUAUGAAACUGAAGAAGAAACAGAGAAGCUGCCACAGGCACUGGAUGAUCUCAUGAAUAGGGAGAAUGAUUUUCCAGCUCGGGCGCACUGCCUUGUACGCUGGUAUGGUUUACGGGAGUUUGUCACUCUCGCCCCGUUGAACCCAAAUCAACCUAUCAUCUCCCCAUCCAAGUCCAAGCUUCUGCUGUCAUCACUUACUAUAGCUGCUAAUAAUACCAACUGUCAGGUACCCAUGUUUGUUCAUGUUCUUCGACCCAGUGAAAAAAUGUACCUUGGAGUGGGACUGGGGUCUGGUGUUCGCACAGAUUAUGAUAUGGUUCAUAUGAGACACCCUCCUCGACAAUGCACUCAUCUUGCUGGGCUUCUGGAUGUAUUUCGAAAUAAACUCCAGUGUACUGUGGCGUCCCCUCCUGUUUUGGUAUCGGUGAGAUUCACAUAUAUUCUCUCCGAAUGGCCUCACACACUGUGGACACAACAGCCACCAGAUUUUGAUGCCACACUAACGGAGGUUGGCUUUUCCGAUUUGGGAAAGUUGCCAUUUGGGGCACUAAGUGAUCCAGUCAGUGAGCUGCAUCUUUCUGCUACGUGGCCAUGUGUUAGUGAAGAUGUAUUGGUAGAUAGUGAUGUGUACAGUGACCUCAACCCCGGUUCGGCUCCUCUGUGGACGGCUCGCCUUGUGACCAACACAUCUCCUCCGUGCCUGCUUUCUGAAUAUCUCACCGAGUUUCUCCACGUGUGUCGAAAUAAUCAAUCUGUGUCUCAGAUCUUGGGACCAGCUUUUACUCCAGAGGUGGAGGAUGCUGCACAAUAUUCUACAGCUUUGGAUCGUUUGACAGAAUCAUCUGUGCCAACUUUGUCUAAAAUGGUAGGUCGAGUACGACCUGGUUCAAAAGGUGGGAAACGGCCGUCUGUUUCCCAGGCUGGAGAAAUGGGUCCCAUAUCAGUAGAUAUUCUAGUUCCAAUUCUCAACUACUUGUUUCCUGAUGCUGAAGGAGAAAAGCAGCUUGCUCCUUUUCCUACUAUUUUGAGUCAAGUUCCAGAGUGGACUGUUGAUGGUCAGAUUGGUGAACAUCCAUUGAAGAGUUUACUAAGUAAUAUGAAGAGUAGUGGUGUUGAUGGUUUAAUAUGGCGUUUGGCUGUUGUGUUGAGUCAUGUGAUCCACUCUCUUGGUGGAUUGCCAGCUGCAGCUCAUCUCUGGCAUGAAGUGGUUUUGGAACUACGAUUUCGCUGGGACAAUGCAAUUUUAGUCCCAGGUAUUGGCAGUGGGUCACCUGAUCUUGCAUCAACAUUACUUCACCAAAAGCUUCAAAUGCUAAACUGUUGUAUAGUUCGAAGAAGGGCAAGGGAGAAGUCCAUGUCUAAAUCUAAUAAUGAUGAGGUAGAUGAUGAAGAUGAAUUCUAUGAAUGUGAAGAAGAAAUGGAGGAAGAAGAGAAGUCCAAUGGUAGCCGUCCAUCCUGGGACAAGCCAGAAGGUCGCUUAAAGCGCUGUGGAAAAUUGAGGCUUAUUAAAACAAAUGAGCAGUUAUUCAUUCCAUAUACCCAAGAACCAGCACCAAUGACAGAAGACCGGCUUGAAGAACAUGCAGAUGUGUUACUACGCUUGGGAACAGAUACUGUGGGAUCCCAACUUCGUGCACGAAUGAUGUCUGCUUCUUUGCUUUCAGAUAUGGAGUCCUUCAAGGCAGCAAAUCCAGGAGCAGUCCUUGAAGAUUUUGUGCGAUGGUAUUCACCUCGGGAUUGGAUAGAAGAUGCAUCUGAUGACCCCAGUCAGCCUCCUUGUGGUAAUCUUAGUGCUCGCAUGCUGAUUCCAGGAAAUAUGUGGAAGGAGGUAUGGAAUAACGCCAAACCCGUUCCAGCUAGACGCCAGAAGCGCUUGUUUGAUGACACUCGGGAGGCUGAGCAGGUUCUCCACUGGCUAGCAUCUAUGGGUCCUGGUACUGUGUGUAGUCACCUUCAACCCAUUAUUUUACAUGCUUCCCUCUGUCGACUUGCUGAAGAAAAAACACUGUUUUCUCUCCCUGCUCCUAACAGCCUACCUCAGCCAUGUCACAGCAAUACUCUUGCUACCAUCUUGGAGAUGAUUGCACAAAGAGUUGUAAGACUCUCAAGACAACCUCCUGAUUCCAAAAAGUAUCAGGAAGUUAUUGAACAAAUAACAGAAGUUGAAACUUGUAUAGCCCGAGCACAGAGUGUGCGGCAUAAGCUUCUAGGAGACACCACUGAGUCACAUACUUCCUCUCCUUUGGCUCUGGAGGAGCUUGUUCUGAGACUCUUGAACUCGCCCGAGGUGAUCCUUGAUGGUGGACCUCGAGGUCCUGCUGCUGCAGUUAUCAGGAAACUGUUUCAACAGGCUCGAAGAGCAUCAAUGUUGGUAGAUGAUUCCCCCCAAGAAAAUCCAAGCACUAAUGAAGGGCGUCGUUCAUCUAUGAGCUCUAACCAUGCUGGAACUGCAAGUGAAUUAGGACGCCCAGCUGGUCGUGAAUAUCUUUUGCGUACACUGGUACCAGCACCUGCACCUUACUCGCGUCCAGUUCCUCACCGCAUGUUUGCUGUUAUUCUUCAAAAUGAAUUUCGUCUCGCAGGGGCAUAUUCACAGGACACUACUUUCUGUUGAUCAUAAUGUAAAUAAAAUGACAUAGAUUUAUGAUGUAUAUAAUAUAUGCAUGAUUUUAACAUGAACAUUGGUCAUAAUAAUUGGGUUAGCAACAGUAACUACUGGCAGGAUAUUUUUUUUUAUAAUACAGUAUUUGCAGUGACUGGUUACUAUCAAGAUACUUGGAAGUUUAAUUUUUUUAAUAUAAUUUAUAAUUACACGUGUUACUAGUCAUUUUAACUAAUGUUGAUCAUUUCACAAGAUUCAUUAUAUAUGAUCAUUUCACACGAUUCAAUAUAUAUAUAUAUAUAUAUAUAU